UCGAGUCAUGACUUCUGCAGUUGUGUGAUGAAAACAGGAGCAAACUGCACCUUCGCGUGCUGAAAUUUUUGAUUGGUUGCAGACAAGAAGAAAUGGCAGCUGUUUUUAGACAUCUCCAGGGCUUGGCCCGGGCCACUCGGUCACCCAUUGCAGCUAGCCGCGGUUUGGUUACUCAAAGGCAGUAUGCCACCAGCGGUGAAACCAACGAGAAAGGCUACAAGGUGAUUGAUCACACGUAUGACGCCGUCGUUGUCGGUGCUGGUGGUGCCGGUCUCCGCGCAGCUUUCGGCCUGGCAGAGGAAGGCUUCCGCACUGCCAUCAUCACCAAGCUCUUCCCCACGCGCUCUCACACGGUUGCAGCUCAGGGUGGAAUCAAUGCUGCUCUUGGAAACAUGGAGUCUGAUGACUGGAGAUGGCAUAUGUACGACACAGUAAAGGGCAGUGACUGGCUUGGUGACCAGGAUGCCAUUCAUUACAUGACCCGUGAAGCACCGCAGGCUGUUGUGGAGCUGGAGAACUACGGCAUGCCAUUCAGCCGUACCGACGACGGCGACAUUUAUCAGCGUGCGUUUGGCGGCCAGUCGCUCAACUACGGUAAGGGAGGUCAAGCACAUCGCUGCUGCGCUGUUGCAGACCGUACCGGCCACUCUCUUCUUCAUACGCUCUACGGACAGUCACUGCGGUAUGACGCUACUUAUUUCAUUGAGUACUUUGCCAUGGAUCUGCUGAUGGACAACGGUGUGUGCGUCGGUGUUAUUGCCAUGAAUAUGGAAGACGGAUCCAUUCACCGAUUCCGCUGCAAGAACACCGUGCUUGCGACUGGUGGAUACGGCCGUGCGUACUUCUCCUGCACCUCUGCUCACACUUGCACUGGUGACGGCUCCGCUAUGGUUGCUCGUGCUGGCCUUGCCAAUGAGGACAUGGAGUUUGUGCAGUUCCAUCCAACUGGUAUCUAUGGUGCUGGUUGUCUGAUUACUGAGGGUUGCCGUGGUGAGGGUGGUAUCCUCAUCAAUGGUCACGGCGAGCCGUUCAUGGAGCGCUACGCACCCAAGGCCAAGGAUUUGGCAUCGCGCGACGUUGUUUCGCGUUCCAUGACAAUGGAGAUCCGCGAGGGACGAGGCUGUGGCCCAGACAAGGAUCAUGUUUACCUUCAACUCUUCCACUUGCCACAAGAUAUCCUUGCCACCAGAUUGCCAGGUAUCAGUGAGACGGCCAUGAUCUUUGCCGGUGUGGACGUGACACGUGAGCCCAUCCCUGUUCUACCCACCGUGCAUUACAACAUGGGCGGUGUGCCCACCAACUGGACAGGACAGGUGAUUCAGAUCAACAAGAAGGGCGAGGACGUUGUCGUGCCCGGUCUGUACGCCGCUGGCGAGGCUGCCUGCGCGUCAGUGCACGGUGCCAACCGUCUCGGCGCCAACUCCCUGCUCGAUCUGGUCAUCUUUGGCCGUGCCUGCGCGCACACCAUUGCCAAGAACAGCAAGCCCGGCGAUGACAUGCCUCCUUUGCCUAAGGAUGCUGGUGAGGCUUCUCUGGGCAACCUGGACAAGGUGCGCCAUGCCAACGGUGCUGUCCCCACUGCUGAGCUCCGCUUGAACAUGCAAAAGACUAUGCAAAACAAUGCGGCUGUCUUCCGCACUGGUGAGGUAUUGCAGGAGGGUGUGGAGAAGAUGAGUAAGAUCAACAAGGACUUUGCUGAUGUCAAGGUUUUUGACCGUGGUCUCGUCUGGAACUCUGACCUCAUCGAGACUCUGGAGCUGCAAAACUUGCUCAACUGUGCUGUUCAGACCCUGGUGUCUGCGGAGGCGAGAAAGGAGAGCCGUGGUGCACAUGCUCGCGAAGACUUCAAGACCCGUAUCGAUGAGUUUGAUUACGCAAAGCCACUUGAGGGACAAGAGCAAGUUCCAUUCGAGAAGCACUGGCGGAAACACACCAUGUCCACUAUCGACGAAUCUGGCAAGGUUGAUCUUGAGUACCGACCUGUCAUUGACCCUACCAUGGACGAGAAGGAAUGUGCGCAUGUACCGCCCCAGCUACGAAGCUAUUAGUUUGCUUGCUUCCUGCAUUGUAUCGUUGCAUGAUGUGGUCCGUGGCCUGAUUUGAAAGUGACACCCUCCUGUGUCCGCGGCACGUCAACGUUUCAUGGCUGGCGAUUCAGUGCAGUUUGAGACACUGGAUCUAGCCAUGUUGGGGGUUUUAUAUGUACAUGCUCGGAGGGUGUCCAGUUGACUAGUUUGGCGGCUGAGUCUGUCUUCAGUACUGUGGUAUUGCCAUGGUUGCCUGGGCUGAGUUCGUGAUCAAUAACUAUUGCAGCUCUGGCUAGCAAUUUUUUUAUCGAUUUUCUUUGCUGACAACUCAGUGGUAGAACAUGCUGUGGUAGCUUUAUGGAGCGUUUGUGGUUGGACGAAAAUGCAAUACUACAAGUGUUUCCAUCUACCGUGACUUACGACUUCGGACCAUGGCUAUUUAGUAUUUACAGAUGUAUCUCUACUACUACUCCGCUCUCGAUCUUGUAGCAUCAUCAUCCCAUGGGAUUCGGGCCAUCUUGUUCAAUUCUCACACUCCAUGCUGUUGAGUAUUCAAGCUAUCAAUCUGUUGCACGUGCUUUGCACUGCCCUAUACAAGUUAUUAUUAUUCUUUUCAUUCUCGAUCGGCCGAGCUCGUCCGGCUGUUCGUCCUCUCUCUCUCUUUCUUUCCCUCGAUAUAGUUUACUAUGGAUGGAUUCGA